AUGGACCUCGUCUAUUGCAGGUGCAAAAGCUGUGGAGGCAGACUCGGUGAUUUCAUCAAUCUGUGGACUCAAAUUGGCAAGAGCUACUUCGCUCCGCUGGUAGAGCCGCGUGCCGAGCUUAAUGUGAAGUUGCAAGGCAAUGUAAGAGUUGGAGAGAAGAACACACUGGUCGAAGCAUGCGACCUUCAGGACAUUGUGUGCGCAGGCUGCGACGAGAUUGUCGGUCUCAAGUGCCUCAACACACCUGUCAACCAUGUUCUUGACAAGAACCAGAUCCUCUUACGGAUCUCCUCCAUCAAUACAGUGAACAGGAACAAUAGGGCCACUGUCGAGUUAGUGAUCAAGCGGCACCUCAGCCUCAAGGAUGUUCCAGGGAAACCCUCCCCUGCCCCAAAUGACGCCCCUCGCGGCCGUGGGACACAGCAACCCGGGCCCUCCUUCUCACGACAGAGCCCAAGGGGUUCAGAAUCCUCGGACCCGGACAUACUACAGAUCCAGGCUGAUGUGGACGGCGCACGCGAUGACAUUGACCGAAUAGAGAACACUGGCUUCCAGAUCUUUUCUGCCAUUGACAAGGCCGUCCAGAGAAUGGAACAGGAAGUCAAAGAUCUCAAGGACACGGCCCGAGAUCUCAGACGAGAUCUCGGCGGUAAUCAAGACGAUUUGAGCUCUCUCAAGUCCGAGCUCAAAGGGGUGAAGGCAACGGCGCAGGACAGGAGCUCUCUUGAGAGUAUCGAGUCUCGCCUCCAGGGCACCAUUGAGUCUGUCUACGGAAUCAAACAAGACUUGACCUCGAAAUUCUCUCAGAUUCUGGAGGACCUAUCAGGAAUCAAGUCAGACUUCAAACGCCAGCAGGCUGAGAUCGAGAAACUGAGAUCCGCCGCGGCCGAGAGCUCUGCCACCGCCAAAUCUCACGCCAAAGAACUGUCGACCCUGCGAGCUGAUGUUGCUCGUCUUCGGCGCCAGAUAGACCAGGAUCGGACAACGGCGCCCGAGACGGCCCCGGCCGUAUUUCCCUCCCGAGAGCUGGACAUCCUGACGAGCAACAUUGCCAAGAUUGGCAACCGCGCCAGCCUGGUGGAGAGCCUCCAGAUGGAAUUCGAAAUGCUGAAGGGACGGGUGGAGCGGAUGGAGGCUACAGCGGACAGUCGCAAGGCGCCCGACAACGCCGUCCCGCACGGUAGGAAGUCGACGCGGGCGCAGCAGCCCAAAGAUCCCUACGACGUCCCUGACGAUGACGUCUUGGGAGGCAGUGGAAGGCGCAAGCGGCUGUCGCCCGAUGUCGAGGCUGUGUCCAACGACGACACCCCGUCCAAGCGGUUGGCCUUUUCAUCCGACUAUGCUGAAACCCCUACCCGUAAUCACGAUGCCUCCUUGCAAUGGCCGCCCACAUCUCCCGAAGUCGCAAGACGCAGGUCUGGUCUGCCGAAACUGACAAAGUCGGGCUCCAUCGACAAGAGGACACUCAAGCGCAGCUCGCGCAGGAGCAAUGGAUGA